AUGAUAAAAAUAAAAUCUUUCAAUCAAACUUCGCGGAUAUUGCUGGUAAUUGCGCUUUUAAUCAUUAAUAUUGGUUCAAGAAAACAGUUACCAAGAAAUAAGACUAGAAAAAAUGAAUUUAUAAUAUCAAGAGAAUUAAAUGAGGCAUAUGAGACAGAUGAAAGCGAUUUUGAAAUAAUUGAUACACCUACUAGCAGUUUAAGUUUACCAUCUAUUCAAGAUAAUUCAAAUUCAAAUCAAAAUGAAGACAAAAAAAAUGUGGAGAUAGAAAAUGUUUUAGAAAGAGAAUUGAAAAGGAUUCAGAAUAUACGAAAAAAUGAUUAUAAUCACCAGCAUAACUACGUAAAUGUAGUAAUUCAUCUAAAUCAGUCUUUGUUAGUUGUAUUUAAAAAUUUUAUAUAUAAAUUUUACGUAAGUAAUGAUUUUCUUAUUAAAAAUGCUCUCUUUUUACUUUAUGAAAACUUACAAGGUUUCCUUACUAAUUUUCACACGAUUGUACAAAAUUUAGAAGAAUAUUAUACGAAUAAUCUAAAAAUUAAAGGGCAGUUAAGAGAUCUAACUAAAAAUAAAGAUUUUAUUACGGAAAGUGUCCCUUCUCAAAUGUUCAUACAAAAAGCAUUACGCUAUCAUAAAAAUUCAGUCCUUAAUGAAUUAAAUAUUCAAAGCAUUAUAAAAUUUGUUAUAUAUACUUUAACAACAGAAGAAAUAUAUGGAAAUGAUGAAAGAGAUAAUAUUGUUAAACAUGAUUAUGAAGAAAAAAUAAAAUAUGUUAAGAAAUCUAUUGAAAUUAUAAGUGAAGUUCAGAUAGAAUUAAAAAGUAAAAUAAGAGAGAAAAUAAUUUUUUUUUUAGAAAAUAAAGUAAUAAAAACUCCUGAAAUGGUAUUUACUAUGUGGCGUCAAUAUAGAUUAAAUAUAUUUUAUAAUUUAUGGAGAUCUAAUGAGUGGCUAUUAAAAGAACAAGACAAGAACAAAAUACUCAGAGUAAAUAAAGGUAUUUUAAGUAUUGAUAUUGACACAGAACAAAAAUACAUAAAAGAUAUUUUAAAAGAUUAUUUACCAGUUAAUAAUAUAAUGGAAGCUUUAGAGGAACUUAGUUCAUUAAAUAUGAACGUACAUGGAAAAUCUAUAUCAUUUGAAUUAUUAGAUCAAUUAAAUUAUAAUUACCACUUACUUUAUGCAUUAGGAUUAUUAAAGGAAUAUCUUACUAAAGCAAGAAUAUACAUUAGCAGUGUAAAGAGGCAAAAACGCACUAAAGGAGAAAUUAAAGAAAAAAUUAUAAUAAAAAAUAAUAUAAAGACAUUAGCAAAUAUGUUCCAAAUUUUAGUUUCAACAAGGGGUCAUCUUCUUUCUUAUAAAGAGUUACUUUUUAACAUGAAUCAAAUGCAAAGUUGCGUUAUCUCAAAUACAGAUAAACUUAAAGAUAUAUUAAGUAUUGUAAAAAGUCAAUUAGAAAGAGUGUAUUCAGAAGAUGGAAAUGCUAUUGAUAGCGCUGGAAAUAUCAUUAUUAGUAAUGAAACUAAACGUCUUAUAAUUGAAAAAAUUAAAGAAUAUAAAAAUAGUAAUUGUAAUAUACAAAGCAAAUUUACUGGUAUUGAGUAUGUAAAUAAUUUUAUUAUUAGAUUAGCUAAUUCAAUUUAUGAAUAA